CAUUAUCGAUGUAAUUAUAAAGAUAUUUAUAUGCUGGCCAUUUUGACUUCUUAUUACACCCUGUAUAUAUAUACAAAAAGCUCACAGAUGAAUACCAUAAUUUUUGUUUGUAAUUACUGAACUAGUUUAGAAUAAAUAUGAUAAAUGUUGAAAAAACAGGGAAAUUAUGUUGAAUUUAUAACAUUCAUUCAGUUUCCUUGUUUGUUGCCUCAGCAGGCACGAUGCCCACCCACACACUUUUAAUAACACAGCCUCCACGACAGCGUCCCGACGCGUCGGCUUCUGGCGCAUUUCGAUGUAGUAAGCCUCACAACGUUGGUUUGACAGCGUUGUCGACGUCGUUUUCCAUAAUACUGAUAAAUAAAAUGUUUUGACGAUACAUCUGGGAUAUAAAUCACAAAUGGCUGUUGAUAUUCUAGACGAGGAUCACUUUGCAAUUAGUGCAAUAGUCACUGUCUCUAUGCAAAUUAUAUUUUUCUUAGUGGCAGCUACAUUUCAAAUGGAUAAAGUUACGGACUUUGCUGGAGGCAUAAAUUUUAUAAUCUUAGCUUUACUCACAUUCUUCCUGGGUCAAGGGGGAAAGAAAAGUUACGACAGUCGACAACUAAUGGUUACAAUAUUUGUGUGUCUAUGGGGAAUGCGACUUUCUGGAUACCUUUUGUACAGGAUCAUAAAAAUAGGCAGAGACAAACAGUUCGAGGAUAAAAAGAGUAAUAAUAUUAGGUUCGCAAUUUUUUGGACAUUUCAGGCUGUCUGGGUUUAUGUGGUUAGUUUGCCUGUAAUAAUCAUAAAUUCACCAAGACACGCAAUUCCAAAAGCACCGAAAACUAUGACCACAUUAGAUUCUACAGGAACUUGUCUAUUUGUCGUUGGAUUAUUGGCUGAAACUUAUGCGGAUCUCCAGAAGUUUUCAUUCCGUCAAGAUCCCUUAAAUCAAGGAAAGUGGUGUAAUGAUGGUCUAUGGAGGCUUUCUAGACAUCCAAAUUACUUUGGCGAAAUAUUACUCUGGUGGGGAAUUUUUGUGGUAUCACUAAAUGUCAUAGAAGGAGUAGAAUGGGUGGCAAUAAUGUCUCCUUUAUUCACUACAUUAAUAAUAUUGUUCCUUUCCGGCAUACCUCUUCUUGAACGGUCUUCCGAUGAGAAAUAUAGAGACAUAUCCGAGUAUAGAUUUUAUAAAUCUUCAACGUCACCUCUAAUACCAAUACCUCCGGCCAUUUAUGAGGAGGUGCCCCAGUUCCUAAAAUUCAUUUUGUGUUGUGAAUAUCCCAUGUAUGAUUCUUUAGAUGAAAAAAUCAAGACCUCGCACAUCAUUAAGGAAUCCACCAGUGCGUCCUUGGCUAUGGCUUCGCAAACAUAGCUAUAGUUUCCUGCUGAUCCUCAGGUCAGCAAUUUAAUGGAAAAUAAAAUUCAAGUUACAGCUCUGUGAGGAUUUAUGUGCAUUUAUAGAAUAUUAGAAGUUAAAUGUGCCUAGGUACCUAAAUGUAGAGAAAUUAACAAUUUAUUGAUAAUUUCUCUUUUAUCAUUUCUGUAUCAACAAUUGAAACAUAUCGUCAUUUUCGGAGGUACGACUUUUAUAUAUUGUGUCAAAUUAACUUGUUAACAAGAAAUUUUAAUUUUUUGUGACAUGUGUUUAACAUAUAUUUGUUUUGUUAAAACUUGAUAAUUAAAUAUUUUGACGAAAAGAGAGAAACAACAAUAUUGUUUUUAAAAUUGUACAUAUGUUUUUCAUAUAAAACUUAAAACAUAAAUAACAGUUAAAUAUUUAGCAAUUACCUCAUAAAAUUAGCCUAAACAACAUUUAGCUAUCUAACAUAGAAUAAAGGUUGUGUUUAAUUUAAAUUUAGGUAACAAUAAUUAUUACUUAAUUAUUCGUUAUCGUUGAGGUAGGGAAAUUUAAAAUAGAAAAAAUUUGGAAGUAGUACACUACAGGAAAAAUUACAAUUAAUAAUAAACCAAUGUGAUUAAUUGGCUGAUGAAAUGGCCGAUCUAUUGCUGGAUCUAUUAGCUAAAUCAAUGAGAUACACUAAUUUCUCAAUGUUCAAAAUAAAAUGUUAUGCAGCA